AUGUCAAAUAAUCAGCAAAAUCAACAGAAUCUAACUCCAGAGCAGAUGCUGCUCAUUCAGCGUCAUAUGGCAAAUCAGAGAGCUCAAGCUGCUCAGCAGCAGCAACAAGCUGCGAUGCAACCAAAUACACCAACACAGUCAAAUCAGCAGAAUCAAUCAGCUCAACCAGCUCAAGCAUCACAGUCUCAACCGGGAACUCCUCAAAAUCCACAACAAAGCCAAAUGAUGCAAAAUAUGCAAAGUAUGAUUCAACAACUUCCUGCACUUCUGGAAUUGGCAAGAAGAGGCUUACUCAAUCCCGAGCAAAUGAAUCAAUUGCGUGGUUUAGCAAGAUUACAUGAACAACAAAAAGCUCGACAAGACCAGCGUAAUGUACUGUCUAGAAAUGCUAGUGUUGCACAAGCUCAAGCAAUGCAGCAACAAAGGAGUGGUAGUCCAGCACUACGUAGUAGUGCUAGCACACCUAAUCCAAAUGGUAGAGGUGGUACACCAAUACCUCGUACAGCGUCUCCAGCUGUUGGCAGUAUGACUGGUAUAGCAACCCCCCCACCAAAUUCAUUACCAGGACAACAAAAUACCAACACAUCGCAAAGCAAUAUGUCAGCCGCCAUACAAUCACAACUCGCAAAUAGCAACAAUCAGUCUUUACCUAUUAAUGACAAGGUUCCAAAUAUGAAUUUUCAAGCUGAAUCAUUCCCAAAUCAACAGGGCUCCAGACCAACAUUGAAUUCAGGACUAGCAAGUGGAACCGUAUUAGGACAACCUUCUACCAUGCAAAGAGGGAAUUUACCAUCAAACUUUGAUGAAUUGAUUGGUGGUAUGGGUAAUGGGAACAAAAUUGAUACAAAAUCCAUGUUAGAGAAUGACAACAAUAGAUUAUUAGGUAAACGAAAGAUUCAAGAAUUAGUUGAAACUGUAGAUUCAAAGGAAAAGUUAGAGCCCGAAGUCGAAGAUUUAAUGCUCGAAAUUGCAGACGAAUUCAUAGACAGUGUGACAAACUUUGGAUGUAUGUUAGCAAAGCAUAGAAAGGGUGAUACGCUUGAAGUCAGAGAUUUACAGUUACAUUUAGAGCGCAACUAUAACAUUAGAAUACCAGGAUUUGGUACGAAUGAAGACAGUAGAAUAGGAGCAAGAAGACAAUCACAACCACAAUCUUAUCAGAAUAGAUUGAAUGCAGUACAAAGCACACAGAAUAAGUAG